CUCUAACCAUUUAUUUAUAGAUUAUAGAAGAUACCAAUUUCACAUCAGUUACAUAUCAGUCUUUGCUGUUUGGUGUGACUGCUGAAGUUAACUUGUCCAUUGGAAAAAUACUUUUUUUCCUUAUUCUACUUUCUUUUUCUUCAACUUCCUAUUUCCAUUUUUGUCCUUAGAUGUGAAUUGCAUAAGUGUUAGGAAAAGGAAAAUAAAAUCUCAUGGAUAGCAUUGUGUAUAAAAAGAGUGAUAAUAUUGAUGAUGAUAGAAUGUAUCCAAUAUAUUUUGGUGUUUCUUGUGCAUUCUUAGCACUUCAAGUUCUUAGAAAACCAGAAGUUGAAGUUGAGAAAAAUUUGACUGAAAUUGUUGAAACUAUGCUUCAAGGAAGUACACAGCUUUUGGGGUUGAUUGUGUGGAAAGUUCAGAAGGAAGUGAUAAAUGGGGGAGAGCAAAAGCUGAAAAGUGCUGAGAUGGAAAUUGAGAAUUUGAAAAAGAUAAGACAUGAAGAUGCAAAAGCAAAUGAGAAAGUUGUUGGGAUUUUUGCUGCACAAGAACAAAGCUGGUUUAGCGAAAGAAGGAAACUUCGACAACAGAUUGGUGCUCUAUUGAAUGAGUUAAGAGUAUUUGAGAAAAAAAGGGAUUUAGCUAUAUCUGACUUGAAUCAGAAAUUGAAGGAAAUGGAGGGUUUGGUGGAGGAAAAAGAUAAGAAGAUUGAAGAAGAGGAGAAAAAGAGAAAGGAGCUAGAAGAAAAGGCGAAAAAAGCUGAAAAAGAUGCAGAAGAAUUGAGAGAAUCUUCUAAACGUGAAGGUCAAGAACAUUCUUCUGAUCUCAGGAAACACAAAACUGCUUUCAUUGAGUUGGUUUCAAAUCAAAGACACCUUGAAGCUGAACUCGGUCGCGCUGUUAAGCAUUUGGAUGCUGCAAAAGAGGAACUUAUUGCUGUCAUGGAGAACAAAGAGGAGUCUGAUUUGAUGGUUCAGAAAUUAACUUUGGAGAUUGCAAAAUUUCACAAGGAUUUGGAACAAAAAGAUAAGAUUUUGUCAGCAAUGUUGAGAAAAUCUAAACUUGAUACUGCAGAAAAGCAAAUGCUGUUGAAAGAGGUUAAGUUAUCAAAGGCUAGAAGGAAGCAUGCUGAGCAUGAAACAGAAAAGUGGAGAGAAGCUUCAGAAGGAAAACAUGACAGACAUUCCUUUAAAAACAUGUUGAUGAACUUGAGUUCUAGGAAGGAUGUUUUCCCUAGUUCAAGAGGCAUGCAGCAUAGUUCUUCAACCGGCUCCUCACAUAUUUCAAAUGAACAAGAACAAUUUUCGCCUAUUUCUGAUCACUACUUGCCACAAAGAAAUGAAGACUUAUCCAUUCCUGCUAACGCUAAACGUUUGGAAGAUUGGGUGAGAGCCGAGACAGAAAGGUAUGCAACUCUGAUUGAACAAAGGCAUCACAUAGAGUUAGAUGCUUUUGCAGAACAAAUGAGGAUCAAAGAUGAGAAGUUAGAGGCAUUUAGGUGGCAAUUGUUGAGAACAGAAUUAGAAACAAAGCAGCUUCAGUCACACUUGGAGGGCUUGGUGAAGGAUGUGACACAGCUGAGACAUGACAAGAUGAAAUUGGAAAGCUUAUUGUUGGAGAGAGAGGAUGCAAUUAAUUCUCUGAAAGACCAAUUUGCUUCAAAAUUGAGGCCUUCAAACUGCUUUAGAAACAACUCUAAUUUGUCCCCACAAUCUUCAGAAAUCACUCAAGAUCCUGUAUGGUCUAGAGUCAAGAUUGUGAAGAGAAAACCAGGUGAAAAACAGUUAGAAAUGAUGGAAACUUUGACUGAAGAAGUUUGUGAAAAGGAGGUGCAGCCCUUGAAUCAUGAUCAAUUUGACGAUGCGAAUUCACAAGUUCAAUCUCCAGAAAAUAAGAUUGAAGAAGAAAAGCAUGUUUGUCGGGAGGACAAUCCCACUCCUGUGCAGUAUCAAAGUCCAAAUCACAUAGAAAUUGAUACUGCUGAAAAGAUAGGUUCCACUAGCAAGCCCUUUAAUGAUGCAAAACAAUUCCAAUGGAAGAUGGAUCUUCAUGCUCUUGGAGUAUCUUACAAAAUCAAGAGGCUUAAACAACAACUAAUUCUUAUUGAAAGGUUGACCGGAAUGCAAAACAAUGAUGAACAUGCAGAAAUUAAUGAAGAUAGCAAAGUCGGUAUGAAGGCUUAUCUGUCCUUGAUUACUUUGCUGAAUAAACAAAUCGGAAGAUAUCAAUCCCUCCAAGAAAAGACCGAUGAUCUUUGCAAACGAAUGCAAGAGAAUGUCCUCUAUGCAAAUCGCGGAGAAUUGAAUAAUGCAAGAAAAAAGGAGAAAACAUCAACACUAGAGCAUUUUUUGGAGGAGACAUUUCAAUUACAAAGAUACAUUGUUGCAACAGGACAAAAAUUGUUUGAAAUUCAAUCAAAGAUUGUUUCUGGAUUUGUUGGAGUGGCAGAAGAGAUGGAGAAAAGUGCUGGAAUUGACAUGAAACGGUUUUCUGACAGUAUAAGGAAUCUGUUCCAUGAAGUUCAAAGAGGUUUAGAAGUUCGGACAGCCAGAAUUAUAGGUGACCUUGAGGGAACAUUGGCUCGUGAAGGAAUGAUAUGCUUGAGAAGGUAGCAAUAAUGGAACUUAAAAGGGAUCACAUUAAUGGUUCUUUCCUCAAGUGUUUAUUUGUCUAUACUCUAUAGUCUAUAUAUAGUAUACUUGUUACUGCAGUUAAUAACAUCAAUUUGUAUAUGGAAGUUGCACAAGAAAAUAAUUCAAAUGUGACUGGUGAAAACAAAAAAAAACUAAACAGUGAAUAAGACUUGUUAUUUUCAUGUCUACAAAGUCAACAAUGUUAUUGGUUCUUUGCCAUGUUAUCCAAGACACUUAGGAGAA